AUGGCUUCUCUGACCUCAAUUCUAUCUCUUCUUCUUCUUGUUCUCACUGCCACCGUCUCGUCCAGCGAAGUCAUCAGAAUGUAUCCAAAACAACACAUCGUCGGGUCAGACGAUGAUCCGAAAUGCGAGAGUUGGAAGUACUCCGUCGAAGUCAAUGACGCCGGAUCAUGGAAUUCUAUUCCCCGGCCAUGCAUUGAGUUUGUCAAGGACUAUUUCCACAGCGGCCGCUAUCUUUCUAAUUCUAGGUCCGCCGCGGCUUUCUCGUUGAAAUUCGCCAGAUCAGUCAAGGUUAAUGAGGGUGAUGGAAAGGAUGCUUGGAUUUUCGGUGUCGAUGAGACAUUACUUUCAAAUUUGCCCUAUUAUAAAGAUAAUGAUUUUGGGUCGAAACCAUACAAUGCUACUUCAUCGGACGAGUGGGUGUAUAAGGGCGUGGCUCCUGCUUUACCAGCAAGUUUGACAGUAUACAAUAGGGUCAAAAAGCUUGGAUUCAAGAUUUUUAUUAUAACUGGGCGAAGUGAAUCUCAAAGAGUUGUCACGGAACGAAACCUCAUUGAUGCAGGCUAUUCUGGCUGGGAGAAGCUUAUCUUGAGGGGAUCUGAUGAUGAAGGAAAGAAAGCUACUGUGUAUAAAUCAGAGCAAAGAGCUGAAUUAGUGAAACAAGGUUACACAAUCCAAGGAAACUCUGGAGAUCAAUGGAGUGAUUUGAUAGGAUUUGUUCUUGCAAAACGAUCGUUUAAGCUUCCAAAUCCAAUGUACUAUGUUGCUUAG